AUGGCUGGACCCUAAGGAUACUUAUUGAUUAUAUUUACACUGCUGAAAUUCAAGUUACAGAAGAAAACGUGCAGACACGUCUUCCUCCAUUCUCAGCUGCGUGUUAUUUCUUGUCCUGUUGCUGUGCAGCUUCAAGGGCAGUCUGACCCUGUCCUCCCAUCAGAUAGCUGCAGACAGCAGUGAGCAAGGUCGUGCUCUCCCCCUCGCCUCUUUCACGGCUGGGCAGAAUUCACUGUGCUUGCGUUGUGUGAAGUGGUGCCAACUUGUGUUUGUGACCUCGGUUGGAAUGAGGGGCUGCGUGGAGUGAAAUACAGCGCUGAAUAUCUUCAAGUGGAAAUAAUGUGAAGCUUUUCAGAUGCGAUGAUCUCCCUUGUCUGUUGUGUCUUCACAAUGUUAUAGAAUGCUGCUAGUUCAGUACUGACUGUGUUGCUUUUGAUAGUCCAUAUGAACAGGGUUUAACAUUUAAUGUCAGGUUUAUUGAUACAAAGAUACUUGCUGCUGCUUAGUUCUGUGUUUGGAUUUAGGAGACAGCAGUAUGCUGAAAUCACAGCACAAGCGCAGUGUUGCAAUUGCAGUGCAUGCUUAAAUCACCAUAAAAUGUGAUUCCCAUCACUGAGUCUCCAUGUGCUCAUCAACAGCAUGAUGGACAUCCCAUGUCACCAGGUGCUGCUUCCAGCAGCUGGUCUCUUGCAACUGCAGGAUGUGAAAAGGACUUGCUGUGAAUUUUUGGAAUCCCAGCUUCAUCCUAUCAACUGCUUGGGAAUUCGUGCUUUUGCUGACAUGCACGCGUGCACGGAUCUCUUGAACAAGGCCAACACAUAUGCAGAACAGCACUUUUCUGACGUUGUGCUUAGUGAAGAAUACCUCAAUCUUGGUGUAGAACAGGUGUGCAGUCUGAUAUCCAGUGACAAACUUACAAUUGCCUCAGAAGAGAAGGUAUUUGAAGCGGUGAUAGCAUGGGUAAACCAUGACAAAGAUGUAAGGCAGGAGCUAAUGGCACGCCUGAUGGAGCAUGUCCGGCUGCCUUUGCUUUCCCGGGAGUAUUUAGUUCAGAGAGUUGAAGAGGAAAUACUGGUUAAGAACAGCAGUGCUUGUAAGGAUUACCUCAUUGAAGCUAUGAAGUAUCACUUGCUGCCUACCGAGCAACGAGCUCUGAUGAAAAGCACUCGAACGAAACUGCGAACACCUGCCAGCCUUCCAAAAUUGAUGAUGGUAGUUGGAGGACAGGCACCAAAGGCAAUUCGCAGUGUUGAAUGCUAUGAUUUUAAAGAGGAACGCUGGCAUCAGGUGGCUGAGUUGCCUUCCAGAAGAUGUAGAGCAGGAAUGGUGUACAUGGGAGGCAUGGUUUAUGCUGUUGGUGGUUUCAAUGGUUCAUUAAGAGUUCGCACAGUAGAUUCCUAUGAUCCGGUGAAGGACCAGUGGACCAGUGUUGCUAAUAUGCAAGACAGGAGAAGCACACUGGGAGCAGCUGUAUUAAAUGGACUUCUCUAUGCUGUGGGAGGAUUUGAUGGGAGUACAGGUUUAUCAUCAGUUGAAGUUUACAACUUAAAGACUAAUGAGUGGUUUCAUGUAGCUCCAAUGAACACAAGAAGAAGUAGUGUUGGAGUGGGUGUUGUUGGAGAAAUGCACAGGUUUUUCUCGCUUACCUUCACAGGUAAACUGUAUGCAGUUGGUGGCUAUGAUGGGGCAUCACGUCAGUGCCUUAGUUCAGUCGAAUGCUACGAUGCCAAUACAAAUGAGUGGAGCUACGUGGCAGAAAUGAGCACUAGGCGGAGCGGAGCAGGUGUUGGUGUGUUAAACAAUUUACUGUAUGCGGUGGGUGGUCAUGAUGGUCCUUUGGUAAGAAAAAGUGUGGAAGUGUUCAACCCUGUCACCUGUACGUGGAAGCAGGUUGCAGAUAUGAACAUGUGCAGAAGGAACGCAGGUGUUUGUGCUGUAAAUGGGCUCUUGUAUGUAGUUGGAGGAGAUGAUGGCUCCUGUAAUUUAUCAACAGUGGAAUAUUAUAAUCCAACAACUGAUAAAUGGACAGUUGUGUCAUCUUGUAUGAGUACAGGAAGGAGCUAUGCAGGUGUUACAGUUAUUGACAAACCGUUAUGAUCGACGAGGGGAUUUUCAAUUUGAUUAUGCACUAGAAGCAGUCUUCAAGUGUAUUUGAAGUGACUGAGUACCUGAGCACUUCUCUACUUGUAGCUGCGCCUUGAGUCACAGUGGAAGAUGUGGCUGUGUACAAUUAGAGAUGAUGGAUGAUGAAGAUUACUCUAGGCAGAAGCAAUGCGUGGGACUGCUCUGCGGCUGAACAGGGGCAGUGUAGUAGGACCGUUUCUUUUUAUACUGCAAGAUCUUCAAACACAGAAGCCACUUUCAUGAGGACAGACUUAUGUCAGUUGUGACUGAGAAACAGAUUGUCAGUGGAGAAUGGUGUGUAUUCUGGUGGAAGUAAAUUUGUCUUAUUUUUUCCAGAGACUAAUAAUCAUAUUUAAAGAAACGAACCGUCAGUCUACGUAGUAGGUAUGGAAUUCCACCUCAGUAAUUCAAGCUGGCAUGGGGGGAAUCUGUUUCCUUUUAUAUAAAACUUUUGUUACAUAACUAUAAUAUGUGCAUAAUGUAUGUGUGAGCAUAAGUUGCUUUCUAUUGCAACUCUUCAAAACCCCACUUUAUUAUUUAUAAUUUGGCACAGUACUUUGGAUAUGCCCGUACGAUGUUGUACAAGAGAGUUGUAUUUUUUGAUAUUUAACAAUACUUACCACUACUAAUUCCCACAGGAGGAGAUCAGAGAUGGUACAAUGAUUCUUGAACAGGUCUGAUUUCGAGGUCUUUUUAAUAAAAACGUUGUCUGUACUUAAUGUUUUUCUUUUCUGUUCAAUUUUGGUCACGUUUAGAUGUUACUUCUUUCUUACCUUUUUAUGGGAAAGGUGAUUUGGCAUGAAAAUAACUGAAAAUUUAUAAUGAGUGUGUGAAAUUAAGUUGAACUUGCAUGGUACUAAGGUCUCUUAAUGCGUGUAACCUUAGCUUCUGUUAGCUAAUACUGGAUAUGCUGUAUGUGGCCAUGUUCAUAGAGCAGCUCGUUUCUAUUCAUUCCUGGAUCGCCUCCUUUUAACACGACCAAAGUUAUUGUCAUAAUUGAGAUAUUUUCUUCAAAUAAACAGUUUGUAUAUGGUUUCCUAAUGCCAA